AUGUCACGCUUGAAUGACAUAGAGGAAGAAUGCGACCAAUGUCAGCCCGUAGGACGCGACGAAACAACAUUACAUGCACAAAAUAAUGAAAUGUCAAAAUUGUUUCAAAAGAGAGACCUUCUCCAUGAUGAAAUCGUUCAAUUACAAUCAAUGUAUAAAAUCAUGGUAACUAAUGGUGACAUUAUGGACGACUAUAAUUUACAACGAGAGGUCGAGAUGAUAACUCGCAAGGAUCAAAGACUGGGCGCCAGGCUUGGACAACGCAAGGAUGAAAUCACGCGCAUCUUGGAACAGGUCAACACUUUCUUUACAAAAAUGGCAAAAGCAGUUGAAGAGAUAAAUAACAUUUUCGAAGCUGAAUCAAACCUUGGAACAGACGCAUCAACAGUGGACGAAAUUUUACGGCAACAGAAAGAAUUCGAGAAUUUGCGCCAAAACUCUUUCGAACCUCUUCAAGCUACAGUACAGACGUUAAAUUACAAUGGUCACGCUCUGGUGAUCAGCGCCGCCCCUUCUGUACCGACGAAUCACAUCACAGAUGCUUUGGAAACAUUAGAACUUGCGGGGCGUUUCCAGGACGUAUUUGCUUCGCUUUCCUCCUGGUUAAAUGACGCUGAGCAACUCGCAGCAAGUCAGAAAUGUCCAAGCUGGGAAUAUAAAGUCCUUCUGGCACAAAUAGAAGAGCAAAAGGUAUUGCAAAGAAUGGUUGCCAGCCACCAGGAGGCAGUAUUAUCCUUUUUACGAGAUGGGUCACAAAUUUCAUCAGAUGCCUCCCCGGAAAGUCGGGAAAAAAAAGACAGUCAGCUCAAAUCAAUGAUCGGCGAUGCAAAGCGGUUCCACGAGCUUACAGAAGAGUUUUCUGAAUGGCUGGAGAAAACGGAACGUUGCCAUGCUAACAAUGACGUAAUUGGCACUCAAGUUGAACGAAUACAAGAGCAACUAAUCGAACAACAGAAACUCACGGAUGACAUUGGAAAACAUCAGAGACAGCUAGUGGAUAUAUGCGGUACCCCGUUGUUAUCAAAAACAUCGGAAUACUCGCUGGAAUUACUUCAGGGUCUUCAAACAAAAAUAGAAAGCAUUAAGGGUAGAUAUGAAGCACUAAGAGAUCGUGUUGAAGGCAGAACCGCUAUUAUGAAGGAGAACUUACGCCUUUGCCGUCUAUUUAACAAAGAUCAUCUCAGACUUUUUGCGUUUUUGUCCGAGGCUGCUUUGAGACUACAAGAUGGGCAAUCUACACUUUCGGACGCUAGACCGCCUCCAGUGGGAGAAGUAUACCUCGAAGUGAAGGAAAUACAUGAGCAAAUUGUAUCCAAGCAAUCAACCGUCGAAGCAGCUAUGAACGAAGGAAAACAGCUUAUGAUGAAAUGCUCUGGAGAAGAUACCAUUCAGGUACAGGAAAAAUUAGAAAGCAUCAAAGUCAAAUAUGCCGAUCUUCAGUCGAGAUCUGCUGAUCGUGUGGACUCGCUUGACCGUUGCUUGAAUUUAUCCCAAGAAAUGCAAAAAGCUCAUGUCGCUCUCAACGAAUGGCUUGACGCAAAUGACACAUCUUUGCUUAAUCUCGGACUUGACGUAAAGGACGUUGACGCAGUGAGACAACCUAAAUCGUUCUCUGGCGAGGAAACUAAGAAGUUGGAUGACCUUAUACAGACGAUACAUCCUGAAGAAUAUGAGCCCGUUUUAAAAACGAUUAAAAAAUGCGCCAAAGAGUUGUCUCGUGUGGCAUCUCGUUGGGGAGACGAGCCUUUGCAGAGCGUUGUUUCGGAAGACGAAUCACGCUUCAAUGCUCUUAAGGCGGCUCUUCAACGUCAUAAAAAUUCGAAAAAGCUGACAGAAGAAAAAUUGGAAUCGUUUUACGAACAUGCCAAAUCUUGUGACAAAAAUCUUGAUGGUUUCUCGUCACGCAUGGAUGACUUCGUAUUGAUAACGUCACUUGCUCCAGAGCAUUUGAAAGAAAAAGCUGAAAAUCAAAAGGAACUCAAUGAAGAUUUGGCUUCGUCUCGUGGUCGCGUUCACAGCGUAUCUGACGAAGGAGAGUCUUUAGCUCAUCUUUGUGACGAAGACGAUAAAGAUAAAAUUGAUAAACAAGUUAAUGCCUUGGAAUCCAAGCUUUCGGACCAUUGUUCAAAAAAUACAAAGCUUCUUCUAUCGAGCGCUCUCUACCAGCUUGCAGCAUCAUAUUGUGAAGCAAAAGACGAUCUUCUGCCAUGGAUUGAAGAAACCAAUGGAGUGAUUGAAAUCUUUCAAGCCGCCUGCAAUUCUCGAAGCGCUCGUGAUGAUGUUCUGAACAUAGACCGUAUGUUGACAAACUUAAUAAAAUUGGAGGUCAAUUGGCUCAGAUUAUGGCUAUCAAUGUUCAAUGUAUCAAAAUAUUUCAUUUUUAAACAGUUUUUUAAACGGAUGAAAGCUUUAUUGGAGCAACUUACAAACGCAAAUUCGAAUCUCAGGUCACUCCCUCCAGUUGUUUUGGAAAUGGAUAAAAUUAAAGAAAGAAUAAAUAAAGUUAAACAUCAAGAGGUAGAGCUCGGAAAUGCUUUCUUCCUACCUUAUAACAGCAUCAAGACCCAGGGAAUGAACUCUCUCAGCCGCACGAAUGAAAACGCUCUCAGGAGGAUCAAACAGGUUGUGAAAGACAAGCUCGCAACUAUGGAGACUGCUUGGAAGGACUUGUCAGAACUGAUUGCUAACCUUCUGCGGGAAUUAGGCGAACUGCUGAACUCCGCUUUGAGAUUUUGGAACGAUGCGGAAUCAUUGCAUAAUCUGCUAAAAGAACUGGAUACAAUUAUUGGACAAGAAGUUGGGGAACCUUCGAUUGACCUUGUUGCUGUAAAGCAACAAAUAGAAGUAUUAGAGACGCUUUGUGAAGAAAUGUCAAAUCUCGAGAAAGACUUGGAUACCGUACGCCUGGAAGCCACAGAGUUAUGUUCUACGGACGAUAUAGCACAGCAACCAGGUGAUCACCCACACACGAUGGAGGUUAAAAAAGUCUUGGACGAGCUUAACGGUACAUGGUCGGAUCUUCAAGACAAUGUCGGUAAAACCAAAACGAAAUUGGACGAGGCGCUAAAUUCGGCUGUGGAAUAUCAAGAGGCUGUUCAGCGAAUGCUCGAUCUUCUCAAUGAAGGCUCCGAAAAAGUGGACAAUAUGGCUCCCGUUGCCACCGAAUUAGACACUGUCAAACUACAAAUGGAAGAAAUGAAGGGACUGCGAGCCCAAACUCAGAGCAAUCAAAUGGAACUAGAACAGCUGUGUAACUUUGGUGAUCAAGCGGCGUCGCAGGCAAAAGAUGAUGCAGAAAAGGCAAAUUUAAAAGCCUCAGUUUCAGAUAUGAGAAACUCUUGGAAGGAACUGAAUAAUAAAAUUUUAGCAAGACAGCAUGAUUUGGAAACUGCAAUGUUAGCACUAGGACAACUUCAUCAUGCCAUCAACGAAAUUGCUGCCUGGUUAGACAAGACAGAACAACACCUCGACAACCAAGCACCACCACUAACAGACAAUCCUCAGCAAGUUGAAAUAGAGCUUGCAAAACAUAAAAUACUUUGGAACGACAUUUCGGCACACAAGGUCACAUUAGACUCUAUAACAGCUGCUGCACACGAACUCAGCUUCUCCGCUACAGAAGCUGGGUCAGAUCCAAACAAGAAAGAGGGCGUGGAAGCAAAAUGGGUGAGCUCAACUCUCAGUGGGAAGAAGUCAAUGCCAAAGCACAAGCACGACAAUGGGAGCUUGAAGAAGCACUUGAAAAAGCUAAAGGUCAUCAGCAAGAAAACGGCAUUGGAGCAGUUGAACACGCAUAAGGAACUAAUGGAUGAAUUGGAAAAACGAAAGGAAGGUGCGGAUAAAUUUUUGUCAUUCGACUCCGGUACUAACCAAGUGGAGGCCGACUUGUUUCGGGAAAAACUCAAAGUCGUGGAAGGAAAAAUGGUGCUUCGUAAGGCAAAGUUGGAAGAAGUUUAUCAACAGGCUAAUGAAUUUCACAACAACCUGCAAGCUUUCAGGAAAUGGUUAACAAGCUCGGAAAAAGCAUUAGACACGAAUCCCCACCCAGUGUUUUUUGAAACGCUGGAAGAUCAACUUGCAAAACAAAAGGAAUUCGAGGACGACGUACAUUCGCAUCGAGAUAUAUUACUGGAGUUGGAAAAUGCUGGAUCUCGAUUGAAAUAUUUUUCACAGAAGCAAGACGGAAUUUUGAUAAAAAAUUUACUUUUGUCCGUACAUGCAAGAUGGGAUAAAGUUACUUCAAAAACAUCUGAACGUUCAUACGUUUUGAAUGAAUGUCAUAAAAAGGCGAAGCAGUUCUAUGAUUCAAGAGAUAAGUUGUGUGAUUGGUUGGAGCGGCACAACAAGUUUGGCAGAACUUAUGAAGCGACCAGCGAUCCAGACAAAAUUAAAAUUCAGCUAGAUGAUCAUAAGGAAUUUCAACGUGCUAUCGGGUCCAAACGACCCGUGUAUGACGCGACCACAAGAAGUGGAAAGGCUUUACGCGAAAAGGGCCAUUCAUACGGCGAUAAAAGUCAUGUGGACGAAAAACUGCGACAACUGAAAGAAAAAUGGGACACACUCUGCGGAAAAGCGUCAGAGAGGCAAAAUACUUUAGAGGAAGCUUUGAUGGUUUCAGGACGCCUUAUUGAUGCCAUCGAAUCACUUCUAGACUGGCUGUAUAAAGUAGAACCUUCUGUGGCUGCAGAUUCACCUGUGCAUGGCGAUGUUCACACAGUUGCUAAUUUGAUCGAUCAUCACAAUGACCUUUUGAGCGAUAUCAAAACCCGCGAAGUUGUCGUACGGUCGCUCGAAAAGUCUUCGGCAGAUUUGGCAGAAAGUGCCGAUUCUUCCUGGGUUAAAGGACAAAUGCAGGAACUUUCGAUGCGUUGGGAGGCUUUGUGCAAAUUUGCAAAAGUGAAAGAAGCAAGAUUAGGUUCCGCCAAAGCUCAGGCCGAGGAAUUUCAAGUUUCAACUAACGACAUACUCGCUUGGUUAUCUGCCGCUGAAACUAAUUUACGACUCAAUCAACAAUUACCGGACGACGAAUUUCAACUCCAGGAGCUGAAGGCGUCAAAUCAUGAAUUCAUGUCCGAAUCCGAACGAAAGAAAACCGAACUUGAACGAUGUAUUUUACUGGGCAAUUCGAUCUUAGAACAAGCUCACCCUGACGCAAUCUCACAACUGAAACAUUGGCUGCGAGUCCUGCAAUCAAGAUGGGAUGAAGUUGUCACGUGGGCUCAGCAACAUGGCGAAAGAAUCGACUCUGCUAUAGGCGAUAUGGAAGCGAAAGCGGCUCUCAUGGAAAAACUUAUGGGCUGGUUGAAAAAUGCGGAACAUAAUUUGGAUGUUAGCAACGACCAACCGAUGCCUGAAUCAAUUGAAGCCAUCGAAACACUCAUCGCCGAACAUCAAACAUUUCAAGAUGAGAUGCAGAAACUACAACCCGACUACGACAAACUAUCCCGGACAACGAAACGUAGACCAACAAGGCCAGACAUACUUAAAAAAGGAAAAAAUCAAGAUAUUUUAUCAGAUGAUGAAACCCCUAGCGCACAACUUCAAAAUAAAUGGCAGAGAGUGUGGUUUAAAGUUCUUGAUAGACAACAAAAACUUCAACACGCUCACGAUACCGCAAAACAGCUUGCAAGCAUGGACUCAUUCUCAUUCGACAAAUGGAGAUCCCGGUAUAUGAAAUGGAUGAAAAACAAAAAAUCAAGAGUAAUGGACUUUUUCCGUCGAAUUGACACCGAUGGAGACGGUAAAAUUACGAGAAAAGAAUUCAUAGACGGAAUUAUCAAAUCGAAAUUCCCAACAACUUUAGUUGAAAUGGAGCGCGUGGCCGACAUUUUCGAUCAAGAUAAAGAUGGAUUCAUUGAUUACUACGAAUUCGUGGCUGCGCUUCAUCCUAACAAAGAAUCGUACAAACCUGCAACCGAUGCGGAUAAAAUCGAAGACGAGGUUGUGAGACAAGUUGCAAAAUGUACAUGUGAGAAACGUUUCCAAGUUCAACAAAUUUCAGAAAACAAAUAUAGGUUUGGCGACAAUCAACAACUUCGAUUGGUACGAAUAUUACGUAGCACCGUUAUGGUGCGCGUAGGUGGUGGCUGGAUGGCCCUUGAUGAAUUUUUAGUGAAGAAUGAUCCUUGUCGAGCUAAAGGACGCACCAACAGUGAAUUACGAGAAAAAUUCAUUUUGCCUGCCGGAUCUUCUCAGCAAAUGACAGCUUUUAGAACAAAGAGAGGCGGUACUCCAAGAUCACUUCAAAGCUCUCGGCCGACAUCUCGUGGAUCAUCACGAACCGCGUCACCUUCUCGCCACACCAUUACUUCAGGAAUACACCCAACACCACACAGAAGCAACGGACAUGAAUGCCCAAAACAUAAAAGUGUACGAAGUCGUGCGUCAAGUGGAUCUUCGGACCGAUCUUCAACCCCUUCCAUUUCCAGCGCCGAAGCUCCUACGGCAGGAGAUACCUCCGUUUCAAGUUCAGCAGUUUUGUCGCCUCCAAACCAUCCCUCACGUCACUCUACCCCCGUGAAAAGCUCCACUCCUAAAGCAACAGGAUCGUUGUCAAGGUCAAGCGCCGCAGAUACACCAAGGAGAUCGAAAAUACCCACAAAGGGAGCUCCACGGAAAAUAAUCAAAAAAUGAGAAAUAAUAUUAAACAAUUCAUUCCAGUGUAUAAUAUUGGUCCAGUGUAAAGUUAUCUUGAUUUAAAAUAGGGCGACACCCUCGAUGAAUUAAUUGCACACACUCGUCCUGUUUCUACCAGUAAUCAUGCUCCGUAUAUGCUAACAUUAUUACACUAUGUGCUGUUGUUUAUGCUUGUGUCAAGUACGAUUUGUCGAUAUAGCGCACUUGUAUAGCCUUUGUGUAGCAUUUUCACUGUGCCUAUACUGUGUUGUGGUUAAUUCGAUUAUAUCAGUACAACGUGUCUUUAUUUAUUUAACAGUUACUGGAAUAGUGUGCUGUGGUAAUUUAUAGUUGACUUCCGAGAGAUUUUGAGGGGUAAUCGAACGAUUUUCUACAUCACACAUUCCGUUUUAAAACAGUAUUUCUACGUGAAAAAUUUUAGAACCAGCAUUGUCGACAACACCACCUUAUAUUUUUAUUACUUCUUUUGCGUAUUUAAUGAAAAUGCCUUAAUUUGUUUACAUAAAACUCACAAGAAGUUAAUUUUCAAUUAGCUUGAUUCUGAAUAUACGGUGCAUUGAAUUGAAAUCUUUGGUAUUGAGACUUUACCUUUGUACAUAUAAUUUUUCCCUUCAGUCAAGGACAUAUGUUGUAUAUUUGCUUGAAUUAGGUGCUAAUUUUUACAUUUGGUGUUUUGGUAAGUUUUUCUCGCAUGUAUAAACAAGGCGCUAAUAUCCUUUAUUUUCAGAGCACCAAAAAAAUGAUAUUACUUUUUUGUCAACAAUUUUGUUUAAUUUAUCGUUUUUCGAAUUACUAUUAUAAUUAUUAAUAAUUUAGCUUUCCUAUAUUUAUUUUGUGUGCUAAUUUUCUUUAUUUUGCGACAUAAUUCACAGCAUUUCAUAGAUAGCACGUUAUUAAUUUUUCAUUCCUUUUUUCACUACAAUUGUUCAUAAUAUACACACAUUUCUGUAACCCAACGAUUCGAAAAAAAACUGAAAUUUCAUUAUAUUCAUUACUAUUAUCAUGCGAAAUAAAAUAUGUCGUGAAA